AUGGCUUCACGUCUCGCCAAGAGCGCCAUUGGCGCAUCCCGACUUCGGCCGGCUCUUCCCGCCCGUGGUGUCCCUGCCGUCACUGCCAACCUGACCUCCUCUCGUCAGGCCUCAAACGUUCCCGCUGAGGAGCCCGCCAAGAAGGCGCAGUCUAUCCUGAACGCCAUCCCCGGCAACUCCCUGGUCACCAAGACCGCUACUCUGUCCGCCGUCGCCGGUCUGUCCAUCGCCGCCAUCAGCAACGAGCUGUACGUCAUGAACGAGGAGACUGUCGCUGCUUUCUGUCUGCUGUCUGUCUUCACCGCUGUUGGCAAGUACGGUGGUCCCGCCUACCGCGAGUGGGCCGAGGGUCAGGUCCAGAAGCACAAGGACAUCCUGAACGCUGCCCGUGCCGACCACACCAACGCUGUCAAGCAGCGUAUUGACAACGUUUCCCAGAUGUCUGGAGUCGUUGAGGUUACCAAGCAGCUCUUCGCUGUUUCCAAGGAAACCGCCGAACUCGAGUCUAAGGUCUACGAGCUCCAGCAGCGCACUGCCCUCGCUGCCGAGGCCAAGCAGGUCCUCGACUCGUGGGUGCGUUACGAGAACCAGGUCAAGCAGCGCCAGCAGCGUGAGCUUGCCGAGUCCGUCAUUGCCAAGAUCCAGAAGGAGCUUGAGAGCCCCAAGGUUCUUCAGCAGAUCCUCCAGCAGAGCGUUGCUGAUGUUGAGCGCAUCAUGGCGUCCAAGGCCCUGUAA